GAUGAUGUAUAUAAUAUAUACAUAUAUAGAGAGAGACAAUAAAGAAUGAUGUUAAUGCUCCCUCUCUCUCUCAACAAUGCCACCUUUCCUUUACCAUUAGUUUACUUUUCAAUUGUUUCCACUCUGUUCCUGCCUUUCUUGAACCAGACUUAGUCCACGCCUGCCAUUCUCAACCAUUUCCUCCACCAUAUAUAUAUAUAUAAACCCCUCCUCCUUCAAAUUUUCUUCUUUUACAAUUAAUGGUAUUACAAAACAUUCACAUCUUUUGUUCAAUCCACACAUUAAAAUCAGUGCUUGUGAAUUAGGAGGGAUGCACAGAUGGGUACGUGUUACUGUAAUUGCAGCCUCCGUCGGCCUCCUCAUCGUCCUCGCAGUGGCCUUCAUCCGGUGGUGGCGGUGUUGCUGUUCGAAGCAACGGAAAGCUGUUGCAGCAGACAUGAGAAGGGGCAGAACUGAGGGCAUCCAAACCGGGAUUGCACAGCUUCACCAAGUGAGUGUUCACCGCCAAGCCGAUCAUCUAGACAGCAAGAGCAGAGCAAAUUACUCUCUGUUUCGACGCGGGGCUUCGACGAGACCUCUCUUCAGUUGGGCUGACAAUCCUGCCCUCGUCACUGACGCUGUCGAGAAUGGGUGGUCGCGGUUUGCUUUCGUAAACUACACUUCCUCUCCGUCAAUAAGAUCCACCAGGUCGGCCUUGUUGGGCGUCUGCGCAGCCGGAGAUUAUAGCAGAGGAAUGGUGGAGGUGGAGAUCAGUUGGGAAGUAUGUCAAGGAUCGGCGGAUUUCAUGCAGAAGAUCAGGAUGAAUUCCGGGUUGAAGAAGAUCAAUAUCAGCAAUUCCAUCAUGGCUGCAAAAUCUGUGAUCAAGACAGCUUUACCUUUGCCAGGUCCUCCUCUAGGGAAUUCUUCUUUUCCCCAAGAAGCCUACUUUGAAAUUACAAUCUUGCCCUCUUCGAGUCAAGAUCAUGAACAUGAGAAGCUAAAGGUAGGUAAGACAACGGAAGGCGAAAAGACGAAGCUCAUCCAAGAGAGUUUUAAUGGGAAAGUGAAUUCGGAAUCUUUGGUUCAUGUCACAAGUAGUCAUAGUCAUGGCCAUGGCAAUAACAAGCUGGAAGAAUUGAGACUUGGAGGGAAGGAUGAUGGCAGAGGAGGAGGAGAAGUUGUGACGGUGUCGGUGGGGCUUACCGGAGGAGGGGCUCUUCCUUUGAAGCUUCCGGGCACCUAUCCAGGCUCGAUUGGAUUCAACUCUAGUGGUUCUGUCUAUCUUGAUGGAAUCAAACUUGUGUUUGAAUCUGAAAAAGGAGAAUGGGGGAAAACAGAGAAGGUGAUUGGUUGCGGGUACAAUCCAAGCCAGGGUAAGGUGUUCUUCACGGUAGAUUCAGAACUUGUACAUGUAAUUCAUUGCCAGUCUGAGGAUUUUGGGACUCCACUCUAUCCAACAUUGGCAGCAAACACUGACACUGCGGUUUUGGUUAAUUUCGGACAAAGUGUAUUCAAAUAUGCAGCAGCAAAUGCACAAAGAACUCCCAAUCCUUGCUUCAUUGGCCCUCUUGUGAAUUCUCCAGUUCUGGGAUAUGAAGACAGCAAAGAGCUUUUCUCGAUGGGAAGAAUCGACUCACAGUGGCUCAACCGGUCUGCAACCAGAACCGGCUAUAACAAUGGAAACAACAACAGAGGCCUGGAUUUUGAUGAGGAGUCUGAAGGCGAUUUGUUUGAGAUCGUUUUGGAGAGUAGUGGAAGAUCACCAUACACAGCAUCCCGUUGAUGCAAAAUUCAGCACGGUCCUGAAACAGAGCCUUCCUUUGACUUAUAACGGCUCAAGUACUAACUUGAGCGUUGGAGUGCACAGCUGGCACCAUGCUGGUGGUCACUUCUCUUUUCUCGCAGGAAAGCCCCCCGCUCCGGACCUGCUGAAUUUUGCAUCAACAAUACAAAAAGAUGCAAAUAUAGCUAACAAUUGGCACAGGUAUAUAUAUAUAUAUAUAUAUAUACACACAUAUAUAUAUAUGUAUAUCAUGCAAGUUCUCAUUUUGGUACGGUCAAAUGAUAUGAACAUGUUGCACAUGAAUUGAUAUAGAGAAACAGCAGCAACUUGAAUGACUUGCUCUUCAUCAUGAAACAUCAAGCGGCAUAUUGAUUUCCGCUAUAGUUGAACAGAAACAGUUCCUUAAAGAACUGCACAAAUUUUUUUUGUUAAUCCUCUUCUAACUUGAGGUUUUCUGUUUUUGCUUUUUGCAAAUAGACAUUUUUUUGCUUUGUAUAUAAUACAAUACUAGUUGUUCAUCAAA